AUGAAUCUCUUAAGUUGGAAUGCAAGGGGAUUGGGGAACCCCACUGCAUUCAGAUUUUUGCGCUUGCUCAUUUCUGAGCAAGCCCCCUGUGUUUUGUUUCUUAUGGAAACAAAGUUACAAGCUGGUAGUGUUGAUAAGUUUCGCAAUAGUUUACAUUUUCCCAAUGGUUUUGAAGUUCCUCGUACUGGUCUUGGGGGUGGUCUUAUGAUUCUUUGGAAAACAGAAGCUGAGGUUACCCUUAAUAAUUUUUCCUCCAAUCACAUAGACUGUUACAUUGAGUUUCAAGACUUUCCUUCCUUCCAUUUCACCGGAUUUUAUGGACAUCCUCAAAGCAGUCAACGUAUUCACACUUGGACUUUACUUAAAAGGUGUUGUGACAUUGCUCCUAAUUUUCCAUGGUUGGUUUUGGGUGACUUCAAUGAAAUUCUCACCCAAGCUGAUAAAAUUGGUGGUCCUCUGCGUCAUAAUGGACAAAUUGAAGCUUUCCAAAGGGUUGUUGACUGUUGUCAUUUGGAAGCUGCUGCAUUUGAAGGAGAAUUAAUUACAUGGUCCAACAAAAGUCAAGGCCAGGGUAAUGUUAAAGAACGUCUUGAUUAUGGUUUUUUCAAUGAUGUUUGGUACCACAGGGCUCUUAAAACUAUAGUCUCCUUGGCUGGUGUGCAAUUAGCAGAACCUACUUUCAAAUCUCGAUUCCGUUUCGAGAAAAUUUGGCUAAAUGAUCAAGAUUGUUUGGAUAUUAUCUUUAAGUAUUGGGAUAACAGUGUUUCGGAUCCUAUUUCCCAAACUUUAAGUAAUAUUCAAUCUUGUGCUUCCCACUUACAGUCAUGGCAUCAUCACAAGUAUGGUCAUAUGAAGAAAAAAAUUAAAAAGGCUCAUAAACAUGUUGAAGUGUUACAAAACUCAUCCACCACGACCUCAGAUCACUUUUCUGCUCUUCAAAGUUCAGAGAAAAUUUUGGAUGAUCUUCUUGCUCAAGAGGAAGAAUAUUGGCGUCAAAGAUCACGCGUUUCUUGGCUUAAGUCCGGAGAUUCGAACACGAAAUUUUUUCAUCAGCGUGCCAAUGCAAGACACUCCAACAAUAAAAUUAAAAAACUGACUGGAGACAAUGGACAAGUUUACACCAGCAGCCACGAUAUUUUGCAGCAGAUUGAACUUUAUUUUACUGGUAUUUUCUCUACUCAGGGUGUUGAUCAGCUGGCCCUUCAAGCAGUCCUGGACACUAUUCCUGUGACCAUCACUCCUGAAUCUUGUGAAGCUUUAUCUGCUCCUUUUACUGCUGAAGACGUUUAUUCUGCUUUAAAAUCGAUGUCUGAAGACAGCAGUCCUGGGGAUGAUGGAAUGUCUGUUAUGUUUUACACCAACUAUUGGCAUAUUGUGGGGACUCUUGUUACUAGUACUGUGUUGGAUGUUCUGAAUAAUGGUGGAGAUCCUUCUUCAUUCAAUAGGACUCUUAUCACCCUUAUUCCUAAAGUGAAAAAACCUUCAAGAAUCACGCAGUAUAGGCCAAUCAGUUUGUGCAAUGUUUUGUACAAACUUGUGUCCAAAACAAUUGUGCUUCGGCUUCAACCAUACCUGGCCGUGGUUAUCUCUGAAUUCCAAAGUGCUUUUCUCUCUCAACGGCUUAUUACGGAUAAUAUUCUUGUAGCUUUUGAGGUUCUUCAUUCUCUCAAAACAAGGAAACGAGGCAGCCAAGGCUAUGCAACUAUGAAACUUGAUAUGAGCAAGGCAUUCGAUAGGGUUGAGUGGGUUUUCUUGGAACAGGUUAUGUUGAAAAUGGGGUUCGGUCUUUCAAUGGUGGAGUUGAUUCUUCGAUGUCUGAGAUCAGUCUCAUACUCCUUCUUGUUAAAUGGAUCUGUACAAGGCUCAGUUACUCCUCAUCGUGGUAUCAGGCAAGGAGACCCUUUGUCCCCUUAUUUGUUUCUAAUUUGCUCUGAAGGUUUCUCUAGGCUGCUACAAUUUGAGGAAUCUACUGGUACUUUGAAAGGUCUUAAGGUUUCUCGGUCAGCCCCUUCUAUUACACAUUUAUUGUUUGCUGAUGAUAGUGUGCUUUUUUGUCGAGCUUCUCGGUCUUCAGCAAGGGCUAUCCAUCGUUGUCUUGACCUUUACAGUCGUGCAUCAGGGCAAUUAUUAAAUCCAGAGAAAAGUGUGCUCUCCUUCUCUCCAAACACAAGAUCCUCUGAACAACUCUUCUUUCAGCAACUUCUCAAUAUGCCAAUACAACCUUGCCAUGAACAAUAUCUCGGAUUACCUUCUUUCUCGGGUAGAGAUAAGUCCCAAAUGUUUAGUGGAAUCACUGAUAAAAUCUGGAAACUGAUGAAUGCUUGGAGAGAACAACUUUUCUCAAUUGGUGGGAAAGAGGUCCUUUUAAAAGCUGUAGUUCAAGCUAUUCCCACUUAUGCUAUGAGCUGCUUUCAACUGCCAAUCAAACUUUGUAAUCAAAUUGAGCAGCUCUUGACAAGGUUUUGGUGGGGCAAGUCUGCAAAUGGUAAUGCUAUUCACUGGAAAAAUUGGAAGUUUCUAUGUAAAGCUAAGAUUCAAGGUGGUAUGGGGUUUCGUAACUUUGUUCACUUCAAUCAAGCCCUAUUAGCCAAACAAGCUUGGAGAAUUCUUGAAAAUCCUUCUUCACUCCUUGCUAGAAUGCUUAAGAGCAGAUAUUUUUCAAAUGGAUCUUUUUUUAUGGCUACUGCUGGUGCACAACCAUCACUCACUUGGAAAUCAAUUGUUUGGGGUAAACAAUUACUCAUUCAGGGAUUAAGAUGGAGGAUAGGGUCUGGAGCUGAUGUUUGCUGUACCUCUCAACCUUGGAUUCCUGGUUCUUCCAAUUUUAAACCUCUGCUAUUUUUAAGUAAUGAUCAUGAUGUUAAAGUUGCAGAUUUUAUAACACCUUCUCGACUUUGGGAUGUUCCAAAGCUCCAACAGUUUUUCUCUCCACCUGAUGUUGACAAAAUUCUUUCAAUUCCACUGAGUUUAUUUCCAUGUGAUGAUGCACUCCUAUGGCACUACACUUCUUCUGGUCUCUAUACUGUUAAAAGUGGUUAUCAACUUGCUUCGGAAGAACCUGUCUCUUCCCUCCCCAGCAGCUCACUCACAUCUGCUACAUGGUGGCAAUAUUUCUGGGGUCUUAAAUUGCCUUCCAAAAUUCGAAUAUUUGCUUGGCGUGCUUACCAUGAUGCUUUACCAACUGCUGCUACUUUGCAACAUCGCCACAUAUCAUCUACACCCCAAUGUCCCCUGUGCCAAAUACAUUUGGAGACAAUUAAUCACGCCUUUUUCUGGUGCAAUCGGGCUAGACAGGUCUGGAGAAAUUGGGAAUCUGAAAUUAAUUGGCAUUUAUCAAAAACUUGUCCUUUCUCAAACUUUUUAGUCUAUGUUUCUUCACUCUUGCCAUCGGAUAAAGUUGAAUUUUUCAUCACCAUUCUCUGGUGUAUUUGGACAGCAAGGAAUGCUGAGACUCAUUCGAAAACUCCCAAAACUGCUUUGCAAAUUUGGCAAUUUGCUACUACCUAUAUUGCUGAUUUUAGAACUGCUCAAUCUUCUCAGUAUCUCACUGCCCUCAACUUCAAAGGUUCACCUGUAGCUGAUCAGCAUAACACUACUACUACUGGUACAAGUUCUCAGGCCUUUUCUUCUGCAUCUACAUGUGCUCCACUGCCUCAUUCUUUUGCUCCACAAUCACGGGUGUCCCCAGCUAAGCCUAAAUGGCUGGCACCUCCUUCAGGCAGACUCAAAUUAAACACCGAUGUUGCUGUGAACGUCAACACUGGUAUUUUUGGACUAGCUGCUAUUCUUCGUGACUCAAAUGGUGAUAUCCUUGCUGCUAUGGUUAAACCAAUGAAAGGGUGUGUUAAACCAGAAGAAAUGGAGGCUUUAGCAAUCGCAUGGAGUCUCAAAUUGCUAAUGACACACAGACUCAGUGUUGAUUUUGUUGAGACAGACUCUUUAAUGGUUGUAAAUGGUUUAAAAUCUCAAACUAAGGGUCUCUCUUCUUUUUAUGUUUUACUUAAUGAUAUUACAUUUCUGUUAUCCAAUUUCCCACGAGCACAGAUCUCUCAUGUUUAUAGAUCUGCUAAUAACGAAGCCCACUUGUUGGCCAAGUUUGCUCUUACGGUGGAUUCAGAUUGUACUUGGUUAGAGGAAGUUCCACCACCUCUAAUGACUGUUAUGUAA